GAGAGCUGCACAUCGCCGUGGGAUUCGUUAACCAACACUCGACUGAGCAACACUCGAGGAUCUGUUGGAAGAGAGAGAACGCGCCUUCUAUUCGAUCUUUGCCCAAGUGCGUUGCAAGUUCGAGGAGGAGGAGGAGCUGCAAAUCAGAUCCAUCGAGAUUAGCUGUGAGACGACGGAAAGACUUUGAGCAGUUAAAGUGGCAACAAACGACGAGCGGGACACCUCUGUGGACAUGCGGCCCAAAAUCGGCAGUGAGCUGCUGUUCCCGAAGGAGCGCAAGCUCACCGAGACGAUGUCCGAGACUUCCGAGGGUACGACGACGACAACCACGACCAGCGUGUCCGGCAAAUCGAGCAUCGACAACGCCGAGGAGAUCCGCAACCUCGCGGCCAUCCUCGACAUUUCCAACCCCGAUGAUCUGGAACAGGAGAGGUUCCGCGUCGAUCGGCGCAAGCUCGAGCAGAUGCUGCUCGGCGACACCGAAGGCGAGACAGCCGAGAAGUUUUUCCAAAAGGUCAUGGAGGAUACCAACACGUACGUCACGUGGCCGUCGAGGCUCAAGAUCGGCGCCAAGUCGAAAAAGGAUCCGCACAUCAAAGUUUCCGGUCUUCCGGACAACGUUCGCAUGGCCAAGGACCAGAUAUCGCAAGUCUUGGACACACGGCAAAACAACCGAGUGACGAUGAAGUUGGACGUCAGCUAUACCGAUCACUCCCAUAUCAUCGGCAAGGGCGGACUUACAAUCAAGAAAGUCAUGGAAGACACCAACUGUCACAUUCACUUUCCUGACAGCAACCGCAGUAACCACCAGGAGAAGAGCAACCAGGUGUCCAUUGCCGGUGAUAUGGAGGGUGUCGAAAACGCUCGAGCACGCGUCAGGGCUCUCACUCCUUUGAUCUUUUCGUUUGAGCUACCCGUGAUGGGUAACAGCUCGCAAAUUGCCGCCGCGGCUGGCAAUACGCCCUUCGCCACCUCGCCCUACGUCAUCAGUAUUCAAAAGAAGUAUAACGUCCAAGUAAUGUUCCGCACACGACCCAAGCUCCACGCAACGCUGGUCGUUGUCAAAGGCUGCGAGUGGGAGGUAGCCAAGGUCAAGGAGGCCACCGUCCUUCUCAUUCACCAUAUGUGCGAAAAUCUCGCGAGCCAGAUUCAAGUGCAAAUGACGAUGGAAAUCUCGCCGCAACAUCACAUCAUCGUUUUGGGCAAACAGAGCAACAAUCUCAAGUCUAUAAUGCAGCGCACGGGCACUCAAAUCAUGUUUCCCGACGCGGGUGAUCCGAAUAUUCCGAGCCUCAAAAAGAGCAACGUCACGAUCACUGGCUCGAUCCACAGCGUGUACACGGCGCGGCAGCAGCUCAUAGGUUCCCUGCCACUCGUCCUGAUGUUCGACUUGACUGAAAAGUCGAUGAAUACCGUCACGACGGACGACGUGUUGCGAAUGAUGCAGACACUGGACGUCUUCAUAACCGUGCGACACAAGCCGAAGCAGAGCACCCUCUCGAUCGUCAUUAAAGGCAUCGAGCGCAACGCCAGCAACAUUUACGAGGCCAGAAGGCAGCUAUUGGGCUUGGAAGAACCCAAGAUCGUCGCCGAUAUACCACUGGGUUACAACGUCCCAAAUCCAAUGAGCUUCGUUUUGCAGGGAGGCUCCAUUCCACUCGGGCCUUUCUCAGCACCCAACGAAAAUUUGCUCAACAACUGUAACAUGUCCAAAAACUUGAGCACAUCGCCUUCGUCCUUUUCUCACCUGUCCUCGUCACCAGGGCCGAUGCACACAACAUCUGGGAACUUUCCAACCUCCUGGGCCUAUGCUCCAUCGCUCUUCUCGCCCACCUGUAUACAGCACAAUCACCUGACUCCACCGUACGCAUACCCGCCCCAUCUCAAUCAACUACUAACGCUGCAGCACCAGCAGCAGCAACAACAACAGCAACAGCAACAGCAGCAGCAGCAGCAGCAACAUCAGGUGCUGCAUAACAUGAGUAAAGGACUGAUGGGAUUAGGCUCGCAGGUGCACGCAAACGUGAACGGCCUGAGCAGCGCGCUCAACAGUGCUUACCUCAAUGGCAUGCGAACUAGCAUAUUUUCCAAUGAUGGCAAAGAUAGCAGUGCAUUUUCAUCGAUAAGUAGUGUGUCGAGUUCGCUAUCAAGCCCUGCCAUGAGUCCGCGCAAUAUCUCGCCGAUUGAUCCAACUUCUGCUUGCACCGAUGUGAGCACAAACUUAGAUUUAUCGAAUGUACUGUCAGAAUUGACUCUUGCCGGUAAUUCUCGAGCUACGGGCAACGAGAAACAAACGACGCAGCCAGAUGCGCAAUCAAAUUCGCAAGACUUCAGUGCAAUGACGUUCGACUACGAACAGAAAAAACUUAUGGCUAUCAAGGCCAUACAGACCAAACCAACUGCUAGUGAUUUCCGUGUUCCAACCUCAGUUUGGUCUGGAUAUGGAUUAAGUCAAACAGUUCCGUCUAUUUCUUCUACAGUUGAUACUAGCGAUGGUUCGUUGGGCCAAACGUCAUCGUUAUGGAAAGACUCGACGACUUCUACCCAAGACUAUGGCGUUACUUCCACCAAAGACGAGACUUCGAAUUCUAAAAUAACCGGCACAAUGUCUAAUUAUAUCGAAAACACAUCAAAUUAUCAAUUAAAAAAAAUCACUACACAGCAGCACUCGGACCUAGCGAGCAUGCUAACCAGUGCUGGGCUUGAAAAAUAUAUUCGUUUAUUUGCCUGUAACGAAAUCGAUAUGACUACUUUCCCGUCACUCACAGAAAAGGAUCUCAACGAAAUCGGUAUUACAGCUUGGGGUGCUAGACGCAAAAUGAUGCUUUUGAUUUCAGAAAUGAACAAACGAAGCCUGUUUUCUGGUAGCGCAGCUCCUGGAGCUGAAAGAAAGUUAUCGUCUCUAACAUCGUCAACAGCAACAACGGCAACAUCCCCAACUCCCGCUCGCAAAUGCAGCAUCGAAAGUAACAAGUGGUAGAAAAAAGUUCUUCCGUUUGUUAUGUACACACUGUGGACAUUGAGGAGUAUCAAAUUUAUUAAGAGUAGCUGCGUAAUUUUAACUUUCGAAUGAUGUUGAUUUUAGGAAGUUUGUUGACUUUGUUAUCGCAUGCUUCAAACAUACACUAGUCCAACAAGUAUCCUACGUUGUUAUAUACUUUUUUUUCUUUUUUUUUGCUCUUAUUUAUAUUAUAGGUAUAUGAAAAGCAGUGCCCAAUUGGUGUGAGUAAGGUUGAAGUCGCAGAAUAAAUUACUUAAUUUUCGCUCACGUAUGUAAUAUGCGUGCAAUAAUCGUGCAAUUUUGCACGUUUAUCAAAUUGAUAGCGCCGUGCAUUUGUAUAAUAGCACACCGAACGAAACGAAAAGUGAAGAGUUAAAUAAAAUAAUUGUUCUCGACGAGUCGAGAAGGAAAGUAAUGAAAAUUUACAGAAAAAGCGAAUGCACUGGC